AUGGUGCUACCUUUUUUCAACGAUAUAUCUAGGGAUAUCAAUGGCCUAUUAAACAGGGACUUCUUCCACACCAACCCGCUUUCUUUAAAUAUUUCGACAACCACAGAAAAUGGUGUGAAUUUUACCUUGAGGGCGAAGCAGGGCGUGACAGAAGGCCCUAUCCAAACGAGCGUUGAGGGUCGGUUUAAUGACAGGAAAGAAGGGGUCUCGCUGUCUCAGGGUUGGUCGAACCAGAAUAGGCUAAACACGAGAAUUGAAUUUUCCAAGAUUGCACCUGGUUGGAAAGGUGAUGUGAACGCAUCUUUGACUCCCCAGUCCAUCAAAAAUGCCAAAUUCAAUCUGAGCUACGCGCAAAAAUCGUUGACAGCGAGGAGCUCUAUAGAUGUCUUGCAACCUAAGGACUUCGUUGGAAGUGUGACUCUGGGCCACCGCGGCUUCGUUAGUGGCACUGAGAUCGCUUAUGACAUAGCUGGCGGUUUAUUGGCACGCUAUGCCAUGUCACUGGGGUACCUUUCCCGGGACUACUCGUUUAUUUUGUCUACAAACAACAGGCAAUGCGCGACAGCUACGUUUUUUCAAAACGUUAAUCGUUUUUUGCAAGUGGGAACCAAGGCCACUUUGCAAUCGAAGGAAAAUCCUAAUAUGAACGUUGAGUUCGUCACUAGAUAUGUACCAGAUCCCAUCUCGCAAGUUAAGGCAAAGAUUGCGGACUCAGGCUUGGCUACAUUGUCGUAUAAGCGAGAUCUGAAUAAAGACACUUCGUUAGGAGUGGGUAUGUCUUUCAAUGCGCUACAGCUGACCGAUCCAGUUCACAAGUUUGGCUGGUCUUUAUCUUUUUCAGUCUAA